AGGGAGAAGUUGAAUAUUCGGAGCAAUUGCAGCGAGCCUGAGGUUGGAGUGCGCGAACGGGUCGGAAUCGGACCGUACCGUGGCGUGGGACUCUGUCCAAACUCCAACAUUCCUCUGCCCAAAAAACAAGAGACACGGCAGCAGACAGAGAAAAAACAAAGGGGGCAAUUUGAAUCUGUUAAUGGUUAGAAUUGAAUGCGAGUGACGGAGUCGCCGACCGCCGUGACGGCGACAUUUGCCGCCGCGAGAGGCGACGGUCGUUGGGCGGAACCCGACGUCCCAACUCCGAUUCCUCCGAAAUUUUGAACAGUCAACCUCACAUCACUAUUUCAGAUUGCAUUGCGCAGAGACGCGGCGAGAGAGAGAGAGAGCGAGGGAGGGAGCAGGGGAGGGGAAGAAGAUGAUGGCGGACGCAGUUUACCCUCCUCCGUCGGCGGGCGCCGCCGCCGCCCCCCACGCCCCCGGCGGCGCGGGGUUCGUCCGAGCGUACAAGGCCUGGGAGGGAAGCAAUAUAUUUGGUCUUCAAGGGAGGCUAAUAUUUGGACCUGAUGCGAGCUCUCUUCUCUUAACUCUACCGCUUAUCAUUGUUCCUGUCGCUGUUUUCUGUAACUUUGUUGCCAGAAAAUUAAUUAAUGAUUUUCAGCAUCGCUUGGGUAUCUCAAUAAUGGUCAUUGUUCUUGUAUUGACUUUAUCUGUUCUGAUUUUCCUUCUGUUGACGUCAGGAAGAGAUCCUGGUAUAGUUCCUCGUAAUACUCACCCACCAGAGAAAGCUAAUAUUGAUGAGAAUUUUCGAAACGAGGAUGAGAAUUCUCAAAACCAGGAAGGCCAAUCUUCAAACGGACUCACCUCACGAAAGAAAGAGGUGAUGAUCAAUGGAAUACGAGUGAAGCUCAAAUAUUGUGAUACUUGCAUGCUAUUCAGGCCUCGUCGAUGUUCUCACUGUUCAAUAUGUGACAACUGUGUUGAAAGAUUUGACCAUCAUUGCCCUUGGGUUGGGCAGUGCAUAGGAUUGCGGAACUACCGAUUCUUCUUCAUGUUCGUUUUCUCUUCAACUCUUCUCUGCAUAUAUAUCUUUGGCUUCUGCUGGGUCUAUAUAGCUAGAAUCAUGGACGGCAAGCAAGUCUCAGUCUGGAGAGCAUUGAUCAAAAGUCCCGCCUCCAUUGUGCUGAUAAUUUACACUUUCGUAUCAGUUUGGUUUGUCGGAGGCUUGACUGUCCUCCAUCUUUAUCUCAUCAGCAAAAACCAGACUACUUAUGAGAACUUCAGGUAUCGCUUUGAUCGACAAACUAACCCCUUUAAUAAAGGGGUCUUAGGAAACUUUAAGGAGGUAUUCUUCUCUCCGAUACCUCCAUCAAAGAACAACUUCAGGGCUAAGAUACCAAAGGAGCCUCAGUUUCCUUCUCAAAGAAUGAAUGGUGAUUUUGUUGGCCAGAAAAUGAGCAAAGCCGUCGCUGACAUAGAACUGGGGAGCAAUCCAAGCUGGGAUGGCUCCAUGAAAGACUUUGUAACUGUUGACAGAGAGAUCUACAUUGAUGAUCGAACAGAACAUGGUGGGGGAUCAAUUUCUGAAUCAAAAAGAGUCGGUAAGGUGAAUUUACCAAACGAGCCUCAACUUUCACACCUUAUGGAGGUUGGAAUUACGACUUCUAGGACGAGUGAAGCCAUUGCCAAUACAGAAACGGAGAUGAAUCCGGCAGGAGAUAGCGGAAAUGAAAUUAUUAUUGGAAGGACUACGGAUGGUGGUUUCGAAAAUGAUCGUGGAUUGAUUGAUUCGCAUUGGAACUCUGAGGGGUGAGUGCAGGCUGGAAUAUGUCUAAUGAAGUUUUUGCAUUGCCAACUGGAGAUGAUGAAAUGGGACAUCAGAGAUUUGGAAACCUUUGGCAGAUUCAUUAGACUUUCUGAAUCGGAAAAAUAUCUACUGUUUUAUAGCAAAGAUAAAAGAAGACGAUGGAUAUGACAAGGGUAUUUGUUGUAAAUGUUACUGUAAAUAUGGAUAAGCUGUCAGCAAAGAGCUACAGUAAGGCAGCAAUGGUAUAUAACAUGCUGAUACGACCUCCUUUUUAUUAGACUA